UAUAUACCACCAGCCCAGCCCGCUCUUCGCUUCUCACUCACCGGUGUUCAUUCUCCUCCACUCGCUUUCCUAUCUAACCUAACACAGGCCCCCGUUGCAGCAGCAGAGCAGAUCGAUCCAGUACGUCUCGGGUGAACCAGCUGAGCAGAUCGAUGGCGCCCACUCGUCGCAUGGCCGCAUCCGCCCUCCUGCUGCUGCUCCUCCUCGUCGCCACAGAGAUGGGGACGACGAGGACCAAGACGGCGGAGGCGCGGGACUGCCUGUCGCAGAGCCACAAGUUCAAGGGCGCCUGCCUCAGCAGCAGCAACUGCGCCGGCGUCUGCCGCACCGAGAACUUCCCCGACGGCGAGUGCCACACGCACAACUUCGCCCGCAAGUGCUUCUGCAAGAGGGCCUGCUAGCCGGCCUGCUCGCCCCGGCCGCCCUGCCGGCCAGCGCCGAGACGUCCGAUCUGUUCGUCAGUGCUGUCUGCUAGAUCUGUUCUUCAGUGCGUUCGCGUUCGUCGGCAGUAGCUGUUCGUGUGACGACUGUGUCCCGUAAUAAAGUAGGAAAUCAACCGGGCUCUUGGUAGUUUGGUUCGCCGUCUGCUAGUAGGUCGUGUUUGUUGCUGCUUUGUGUGGUGAACUUGUGAUGUAGUAAUAAGGUCGUUGUUUCAGCA